UUUGGCAGCCCUCGCCUCAUCUUGCAAGUAGCAGUCAACAACAGACCAUCAUCCAUCAUGACCGACAGGUGGAUCCAUCAUGUCGCGCUCCUGCUGUGCUUCUCCACCACAGCCCUCUCCAUCGACUACAGAAAGCUUCAGCUCCAACAAAGCAACGUCACUUCGACAUGCCAGGAGCUCCUGAAACAGCUGGAUCAAAACAUCUGCCUCAACGACAGGCUGGAAUUCAAGAUCCCUGUGGCGGUGAAGCACCCACAACAGAUGGAGAAGAGUUACACUGCCUUCACCAUUCAACAGAUGCUCCAGAACAUCUUUCUUCUCUUCAAAACAGAUUUCUCCAGCACUGGAUGGAAUAACACCAUCAUUGAAAGCCUCUUGGGUAUACUCAGUGCGCAGGCAGAGUCUCUGGAGACAAUUCUCAAAGAAAAGCAAGAGAAGGAAAAACUGGCUUGGGUGACUGCCCCAACUACUUCACGCUUGAAGAGCUAUUACUGGAGGGUGCAAAAGUUCCUUGAAAACAAGAGGUACAGCCGCUGCGCCUGGAUGGUGGUCCACGCAGAAAUCUCCAGGAACUUUUACAUGAUUGAAAAAAUGACUAAGAACUUCCAGAGCUGAUGGCUCUGGGACUGGGUGAUGGCUGCAGGCAAUCUUUAAGCAUCAGAGACUCACUCUGUGACUGGUAGUGAAUGUCCUGCAUUUGAAAGGUCAAAGAAAGACUUUGAAAUGUUAUUUAUAACUUAAAUUAUUUUUUUUACUCUUUAUUUAAAUUCUAACCUUGGAAAAUAAAAUAUUUAGAUACAAAA